CGGGCCAGAGGGUGCCACGGCCCAGGCCGCCAUGGACCGGACCCUUCCUCUGCUCCUGCUGGUCCUGCCGGGCCUCUGCGACGCGUUCAACCUGGACGAGCGUCGACCGAGGAUCUUCCGGGGCCCGCGGGAGGCCCAGUUCGGCUACAAGGUCCUGCAGCACGUGGCCGGAGGGCGGCGCUGGAUCCUGGCCAGUGCUCCCUGGGCCGGGCCGGCGGGUGACCGCAGGGGAGACGUUUAUCGCUGCCCCGUGGGAGGGGGUGCCAACGCUACCUGUGUCAAGGGUCACCUGGGUGAUUGGACGCUGGGAAACGCGUCGCGUCCCGCCAAAAACGUGCACCUGGGCAUGUCGCUGCUGCAGCCCGAGGCCUCGGAAGCGGCGGGAUUCAUGGCCUGCGCCCCGCUCUGGUCCCGGGCCUGCGGCUCAUCCGUGUUCAGCUCCGGGGUGUGCACCCGUGUGGACGAGGCAUUCCAGCUCCGGGAGACCCUGGCGCCCACCGCCCAGCGCUGCCCCACGUACAUGGACAUCGUGAUGGUGCUGGACGGCUCCAACAGCAUCUACCCCUGGGCAGACGUGCAGACCUUUCUGCGCAGGCUCCUCGCCAAGCUCUUCAUCGACCCCGAACAGAUCCAGGUGGGCCUGGUCCAGUACGGGGAGCGGCCCGUGCACGAAUGGAGCCUGGGGGAUUUCCGCACCAAGAACGAGGUGGUGCGGGCGGCGCGGAGCCUGAAGCGGCGGGAAGGCCGGGAGACUCGGACGGCGCAGGCCAUCCACAGCGCCUGCACAGAGGGGUUCAGUCCGAGCAGGGGGGGUCGCCCCGAGGCCACUCGGCUACUGGUGGUGGUGACAGACGGGGAGUCCCACGACGGGGAGGACCUGCCGGGGGCUCUGCGGGCCUGCGAGACGCUCAACGUGACGCGAUACGGCAUAGCGGUCCUGGGCCAUUACCUCCGCCGCCAGCGGGAUCCCGCCUCCUUCCUCCGCGAAAUCCGCGCUAUCGCCAGCGACCCGGACGACAAGUUUUUCUUCAACGUGACCGACGAGGCGGCCCUCACCGACAUCGUGGACGCCUUGGGAGACCGGAUCUUCGGCCUCGAGGGCUCCCACGAGGAGAACGAGAGCUCCUUCGGCCUGGAAAUGUCCCAGAUCGGCUUCUCCGUCCAUGCGCAGCCAGACGGGAUCCUGUUCGGCAUGGUGGGCGCCUAUGACUGGGGGGGGUCGGUGCUCUGGCUGUCGGGGGGCCGUCGCCUCUUCCCUCCCCGGGCCGCCCUGGAAGCCGAAUUCCCCCCCGCGCUUCAGAACCACGCGGCCUACCUGGGUUACUCCGUGUCCUCUCUGGUCCUCCCCGGGGGUCGCCGGCUGCUGCUGUCCGGGGCCCCGCGGUUCCAGCACCGGGGGAAGGUGGUCGCCUUCGAGCUCGGAGAGGACGGGACCGUGAGGGUCGCUCGCCGCCUCCUCGGGGAGCAGAUCGGAUCCUACUUUGGCAGUGAGCUCUGUCCCGUGGACGUGGACGGGGACGGGGUGACCGACGUCCUGCUGGUGGCCGCCCCCAUGUUCCUGGGCCCCCAGAACCGAGAGACUGGACGGGUGUACAUGUACAGCGUGGGCCAGGGCUCGCUGAGAGGGUCCGGCGUGCUGCGGGUGUGUCCGUGGCGGUGGGAUUCCUCCCCUCAGGACGCGCGUCUGGGCUGGGCGCUGGCCGUGGUCAGGGACGUGAACGCGGACGGCCUGGCCGACGUGGCGGUGGGCGCGCCGCUGGAGGACGGACACCGGGGGGCGCUCUACCUCUUCCACGGCGCCCGCCCCGACCGCCUCAGCCCCACCCCCAAGCAGCGGGUGGCGGCAGCCUCGCUGGCACAAGGCCUCAGUUACUUUGGACGGAGCGUGGACGGCCGCCUGGACAUGGACGGGGACCAGCUGGUGGACGUCGUCGUCGGGGCUCAGGGGGCAGCCGUCCUGCUCAGCUCCCGGCCCAUCGUCCACCUGUCCCCGUCGCUGUCGGUGACCCCCGCCGCCAUCAGCCUGCUGCGCCCAGACUGUCGCCGGCGCGGCCAGGCCGCGGCCUGCCUCACCGCCCGCCUCUGCUUCCGGCCUUCCUCGCGCUCCCCGGGCCGCUGGGACCCUCGCCUCCAGGUGCGCGUGUGGGCCGCGUUGGACGAGGCGGCGGCCGGGGCCCGGGCGGGCUUCGACGGGUCGGGCCCGCGCCUGGCCCCCAGGACCCUCCGGCUCUCGGUGGGAAACGUCACGUGCCACCCGCUCCACUUCCACGUGCUGGACACAACGGACUACCUGCGGCCCCUCGCCCUCGUGGUCAGCUUCGCCCUGGACCCCAGCCCCAGGCCGGAGCCCGUGCUGGACGAGGACUCUCCCUCCUCCCUGCGAAAGAUGAUCCCGUUCUUCAAGGACUGCGGCUCCGACGACCAGUGUGUCACCGACCUGGCGCUGCGGGCCCAGCUGGACGUCCACGGAUCCCGGCAGACCCCGUUCGUGGUGCGGGGCGGCGGGCGGCAGAAGGCAGCGGUGUCCGUGACGCUGGAGAAUCGGAAGGAAAAUGCCUACAAUGCCAGUCUGGACCUCAGUUUCUCCCGCAACCUCCACCUGGCCAGCCUCACCCUCCAGAGAGACGCCCCCGUGAAGGUGGAGUGCACGGCCCGCUCCGCCCACGCCCGCUCCUGCAGCGUGGGCCACCCGGUCUUCCAAGCAGGUGCCGAGGUAACCUUCCUCCUGGAAUUUGAGUUCAGCUGUACCACCCUCCAGAGCCGGGCCCUGGUGACGUUGACGGCCGGCAGUGACAGCUUGGAGGCCAACGCCACCCUCCGGGAUAACACCGUCCAGUUGGAGGUCUUCGUCCGGUACGAGCCGGACCUCGUGGUCUCCAGCGAGACGACCCUCCACCGCUACGAGGUCCACCCUCACGGGAUCCUCCCCGCCGGGCCGGGCCCCGAGUUCAAAACCACGUUCAGGGUGCAGAACUUGGGCUGCUUCCCGGUCGACGGCCUCCGGUUGUCCGCCCUCCUGCCGGCCGAGCUGCCCGGGGGCGGCCGCUUCCUGUCCGUGACCAGGGUCCUGGUGGACAACGCGAGCUGCGUCGUGGAGGACCUGCCGGAGCCCCCUCCCCGGGCCCCUCCGGCCGCUGCCCGGCCGCAGCGCUGGAACUGCAGCUGGACCCGCUGCCAAGCCGUGCGGUGCCACCUGGGCCGGCUGGCGAAGGGGGCCCAGGCCUCGGUGGGGUUGCUGCGGGCGGCCUACGACCACUUCUUCCGCAAGGCCCAGGUGAAGACGGUCACAGUGGUGAGCAGCUUCGAGCUGGGGACGGACAACGAAUUGCUGACCCUGCCCGAGGCCGCGCGGCGGAGAGAGAGCCUGCUAGAGGUGUUCCAGAUUCGACAGGUCCCCGUCUCGCUGUGGAUCUUUCUCGGCAGCGUUGUCGGGGGGCUGCUGCUUCUUGCCCUCAUCGUCUUCUGCCUCUGGAAGCUCGGGUUCUUCUCCCGCAAGAAAGUCCCUGAGGGAGAGGAGGAGACGGAGAGGCCGGAGCAGUGAACGGGACCCCCCCCCCCGGGGACCCCACACCCUCGUUCCAUGCGCCUGCAGUCCCCUGACCCCCGGGGAUAGGGGACGGAGGUGUAUGGGGGUGGGGGACGCCACCAGGCCUGGACCUGAGGAGGAGGAGGAGGAGGAGGAGGAGGAAGGGGACAGAUCAGCACCGAGAGACCCCCCCCCCCUUGCCCCCCACUUCUGGCUCCGGCAUCCGCUGGAUGGGAACCAGGCCUGGACCGGUCCAGCUGGACCCAAGGAAGAGGAGGAUGGGGAAGGGUCAGCACGGAGACACCCCCCCUUUUGCCCCCCACCUCGAC